CGUGACUGCAAGGAGGAGGAGAUAGGCAAGCCGGAGAGCAGACUGGCAGGCGCUGGAGGGGUGCGGAGGGGUUUAAGAUCUGAAUAAUUGAGGAGCGAUUCAGCAGCAGCCGCUGCCUCCUCUCUUCCUUUACCACCACCACCACCGCCCGCAUCUCAGCUGGAAGUGCAGAUCGCCGGCCAUCAGCUUCCAGACCAUCACCUCCAGCCUCUCUGACGUUCAUGCCCAAGUCAAGGCUGCUUCGGGUCCCAUUGGGCCUUUCUUAAAAGAACACACACUCAUCGCUCCAUGAGUUCCAGGGUCAUCCACUAAGGCUUCUGUGGUCCUUUUCCAUCAGCAAACCUUCACUGCAACCCUACUUUCAAGAUGAGUGGCUUUCUAGCCUCACUGGACCCCCGGCGGGUGCAGUGGGGGGCUGCCUGGUAUGCAAUGCACUCUCGGAUCCUGCGUACCAAACCAGUGGAGUCCAUGCUGGAGGGGACUGGAGCAACCACUGCGCAUGGUACCAAGCUAGCACAGGUGCUCACCACUGUGGAUCUCAUCUCUCUUGGAGUCGGCAGCUGCGUGGGCACUGGCAUGUAUGUGGUGUCUGGCCUGGUGGCCAAGGAAAUGGCAGGACCUGGUGUCAUUGUGUCCUUCAUCAUUGCGGCCGUUGCAUCUAUUCUAUCAGGUGUGUGCUAUGCAGAGUUCGGGGUUCGAGUCCCCAAGACCACAGGAUCUGCCUACACCUACAGCUAUGUCACUGUUGGAGAAUUUGUGGCAUUUUUCAUUGGCUGGAACUUGAUCCUGGAGUACCUGAUUGGCACGGCAGCUGGAGCCAGUGCCCUGAGCAGCAUGUUCGACUCCCUGGCAAACCACACCAUCAGCCGCUGGAUGGUGGACACAGUGGGGACCCUCAAUGGCCUAGGGAAAGGAGAAGAAUCAUACCCAGACCUCCUGGCUCUGGUGAUUGCUGUCAUUGUAACCAUCAUUGUGGCUCUGGGGGUGAAGAAUUCCGUGGGCUUCAACAACAUCCUCAAUGUGCUGAACCUGGCAGUGUGGGUGUUCAUCAUGAUCACAGGCUUCUUCUUCGUCAAUGGCAAAUACUGGGCUGAGGGCCAGUUCUUGCCCCACGGCUGGUCAGGGGUGCUGCAAGGUGCAGCCACAUGCUUCUAUGCUUUCAUUGGCUUUGACAUUAUCGCUACCACUGGGGAGGAAGCCCAGAACCCCAACACAUCCAUCCCCUAUGCUAUCACUGCAUCCUUGGUCAUCUGCCUAACAGCAUAUGUGACUGUGAGCAUGAUCUUAACUCUGAUGGUGCCAUACUAUGCCAUCGACACGGAGUCCCCUCUCAUGGAGAUGUUUGUGGCCCAUGGCUUCUAUGCUGCCAAGUUUGUGGUGGCCGUCGGGUCGGUGGCGGGACUGACAGUCAGCCUGCUGGGCUCCCUGUUCCCCAUGCCCAGAGUCAUUUAUGCCAUGGCUGGUGAUGGGCUGCUUUUCAGGUUCCUGGCUCAUGUGAGCUCCUACACAGAGACACCAGUGGUAGCCUGCAUCGUGUCUGGGUUCCUAGCAGCUCUACUCUCAAUGCUGGUCAGCCUGCGGGACCUGAUAGAGAUGAUGUCCAUUGGCACACUCCUCGCCUACACCUUGGUCUCUGUCUGCGUCUUGCUCCUUCGAUACCAACCUGAGGGUGACAUUGAUGGUCUUGUCAAGUUCCUGUCUGAGGAACACACCAAGAAGAAGGAAGGCAUCCUGGCUGACUGUGAGAAAGAAACGUGUUCUCCUGUGAGUGAAGGGGAAGAGUUCUCCAGCCCCGCCACAAACACCUGUGGGGCCAAGAACCUGCCGUCCUUGGGAGACAAUGAGAUGCUCAUAGGGAAGUCGGAUAAGUCUGCCUACAAUGUCAACCACCCCAACUACGGAACUGUGGACAUGACCACAGGCAUAGAAGCCGAUGAAUCAGAAAACAUCUAUCUCAUCAAGUUGAAGAAGCUGAUUGGACCCCGCUACUACACGAUGAGAAUCCGGCUGGGCCUUCCAGGCAAAAUGGACCGGCCCACAGCAGCAACAGGGCACACGGUGACCAUCUGCGUGCUCCUGCUCUUCAUCCUCAUGUUCAUCUUCUGCUCCUUCAUCAUCUUUGGCUCCGACUACAUCUCGGGCCAGAGCUGGUGGGCUAUCCUUCUCGUUGUUCUGAUGGUGCUGCUGAUCGGUGUGCUGGUGUUUGUAAUCUUGCAGCAGCCAGAGAACCCCAAGAAGCUGCCGUACAUGGCCCCCUGCCUCCCCUUUGUGCCUGCCUUUGCCAUGCUGGUGAAUAUCUAUCUCAUGCUAAAGCUCUCCACCAUCACAUGGAUCCGGUUUGCGGUCUGGUGCUUUGUGGGUAUGCUCAUUUAUUUUGGGUACGGCAUCUGGAACAGCACCCUGGAAAUCAGCGCCCGAGAACAGGCCCUGCACCAAAGCACAUACCAGCGUUACGAUGUGGAUGACCCCUUUUCCGUGGAGGAGGGGUUCUCCUAUGCCACUGAAGGCGAGAGCCAGGAGGACUGGGGUGGGCCAGCUGAGGACAAAGGCUUCCAUUACCAACAGAUGCCAGACGCGAAGGCAAACACCCGGACCAGCAGCAAAGCGAAAAGUAAAAGCAAACACAGACAGAACUCAGAGGCCCUGAUUGCAAAUGAUGAGUUAGAUUGCUCUCCGGAGUAAGGCUGAACAGGAGCCUAGAGAGGGUGGUUUCUCUGUAAAUCGUCCUGUGCUAGAAGGCGGAAAGUGUUCCCACUCAUUUCACAAACCCAGCCUUCCCCGAAGUCCUUCCCCAGGCAUAACCUGUCAUUUGCUACUUUUGCUGUUCAGGAGAGUUCUGUUGAAGGAUUUUACCCAGGGCCCUUAACUGGCCCCCUUGUAAAAAAAUCAAAAUCAAAAGACUACAUGAAAUUCUAUUUAGUGAGCUGCCCCAGCCAAUGACAGCAAAUGUUUGCUUUACAGGAUGGAUCUUUGUGUGUCUUACUAAGACCCGAGGACACUUCCUCCAGCCCUGCUGAGGCUGCAGGCCCUCCGGAGAGGACCCACAAAGGUGGCUGUGGGUAUGAAGCAGCUCCCCGUCCGCGCUUCCCCCACCUUCCCCAGCCCAGCUAGGAGCUACUCCCAGGCUGUAGGUCAGGCUGUUUCAGGAUCUUCUCAGUGAGCAACACUGUGCCCUUAUACCUUACCACCCUAAAACUGUCCAUGGAGAAGACCCAGACUUCUCUUUACUCACCAAAGUUCUUACAGUUUCCAGACUAUAAUUUUAGGAUCCAGAAAAGAUAGAAGAUUCUGAGACCAGAUCCCCCAUGAAGCAAUUGUGCAGUCCCCAGUAAGAAAUACCAUCAAAGCUUUACUUAAAUGCCAAAAUAAAUAAAUAAAUAAAAGCGUCAAUAACCAUCUCUUGAAUAGACGUCAGAAGGCAUUGGCAGAAAGGAAGUGUCUGUCAUGCAUUCCCUUAUGCUAGACUCUAAGCUCCUGAUGGUACAGUGAAAGGGCAGAGGUGGAGUGUGAUUCCAUGCCUCUGAUAUGCCUGGAAGAAAUAGGCUAUUUGUUUUAUAAUCAGAUAAAAAUCUUUGCAAGGAGAAGUAACCCAGCCACUGAGAUCACAUUGCAAAUCCUACUUCAUAUUUCUAAAAUUAUAAAAUCUG